UGUUAGCACUACAUUUAAUUAAAAGCAGACUCGCACUAGCGUACACAGUGAAGCGGGAAAUUGAUUGGCUAAUUGGAAAGGUCCUCUAGAGAGCGGAAAAAAGAGGGGAAAGGAGAACGGGCAUUUUUGAUACAAACAAGACUAACAAAUCUUCUCAUUAGACUUCGAUAUCUCAAUCUCUGACCAUGUCGAUAUUUAUGCCAUUGGUCACGACCUUGUCUCUUCAAUGCAUAACUACAGCCGAAGCCUCAAAAGUCUUCAAAUUUUAUGGUGGUGAAGGUUGUGGUGUGUUGGAACCAUUUCGCAUUCUGGAUCGACCUCAAAUAGAUGAGCCGGCUUCUAAAUGCACUAUUCUUGAAUCAUUUUCGAAUCAACUCACUGAACAAGAGAUCAACUACAUAGAGGAAGGUAUUGAACCAAAUGAAGGUUGGUCUGAAUGGAACAUGUGGAGCCAAUGUACCUCGACUUGUGGCUCUGGCACCAAAUUUCGAACUCGAAUGUGUGAAGAGGGAAAAGAUUGUGUUGGGUCAACGAGACACAUCAAGUACUGCAACCCUGUGUUCUGUCCUAUUGAUGGAGGAUGGGGCGAAUGGACAUCCUGGGGGGAAUGUUCUGGUACAUGCGGAACAACAACGAUGUCCAGAAAUCGAGAAUGUUCCAACCCUCCAAUGAAGCACAACGGCAAGCCGUGUCCAGGACAAAUGAAGGAGUUUCAACAAUGUGAAUUUCUUGGUCCCUGUCCAAUUCAUGGAGCAUGGACAGAUUGGUCUUCUUGGACCCCCUGCACCAAAUCUUGCGAUUCUGGAUUGCAAUCAAGAAAUCGGUCUUUUGUUCCAACCCUGUCCCUGCAUUCAACGGCAGAACCUGCCAAGGUACCGCCAAUUCGACACAAGCUUGUGGCCACCGAUCCCUGUCCAAUUGAUGGUGCCUGGACCACAUGGAGCGUCUGGUCCUCAUGUACCGCCACUUGCGGACCCAGUAAUCAAGCCCGAACGAGGAGUUGCACCAAUCCCGAGCCCCAAUAUGGGGGUAUUGAUUGCUCGGGGGAUACAAUCGAGAGUAUAAUCUGCCCUACAGACCUUGUCCAGGCAAGUUGGGGUCGGAUAUCGAGAUGAUUAAAAUUGGGUAGCAACGAAGUAAAACAAAAUCAUGCCAUGUCAGACGUUAACACAUAACAUGUUGGCUGCGCAUGUGGCUAUGUAUUGUGGGUCUAUAUUAAAGCGUAGGCUUGGACUAUAAAGAUUGACAAGCGUCGGUUUUGAUUCGCAUAAAAAAUUCAGUACCUAAUUUGAGCUUACAGUCCUGAAAAUAGGCUUACAAAGCCCAAUGAAGGCGUGGAUCCAUCUAAGUACUUAUACGUAAAUGUCAUUUCAACCAAGCCACUUAAGGCAGUGUCUUGAAGUUUCGAUA